GGUCCCGCUUCCUGUCUUUGCAGCUACCGGGUCUUGAGCCGGUUUCCUCCUCCGCGACUCUUGGGAGCUGCCCGCCGCUGCCCUCCCGCCGCGGGGCCGCCCCCUCCGCCUGUGCAGGAUGCAUUACCCAGUGCCUGGGUCACGGCCGCCGUCACAGGCACCCUCGACCCCACCCCGGCCUGCCCGCCUUCCCUCUCUCUCCCCGCCGCACCUGCCCACGGGCGCCCCGGGCCGCGGGUGCGGACUACGGCGAGAUCCUACGCGCCGGGGAGCGGGGCGGGGAGGCGAGGUCGCGGGGCGCCGCCGGCCUGGAGUCGCAGAUUGUGCCACUUUAGCCCAGAAGCAUGAAGGUAAUAAACGGCAGGCCCUACUGUUGCAAGGAGCUUGAAGGAGCGGACAUACUGUCAGACACUUUUUACUCUAACCAGCUGCACAGCCCGCUACUAACAGCUACUCGCCCAACUGCGUCAGGGGACAGGUAUCGGGAAUUAAGGGAGUCACACCCACAAUGUCGGCUUCCAUGGGGUGCCGAGAGGGAAUAUGGGGGGAUAAUUCCAAUUGCGCUCCCUGAGGAACACAGGCCCAAAUGUGAACCUCCUUGUGUCAUGGGCAAAGGACAUCAGCAUUAUGGAUUUGGUGGAGAAACAUGGCCAAGAAAGCUUCCCAUUGAACAGUUCUAUUAUUUGACACAGAACAAAAAAAGUGACCUCUAUGGAAAUGAUUCUUUGUUGCCCAAACCACCAAAUUCAGCAGUAGAGGAAAUCUGCUCGCCAUAUCCAGUUGAACACCCGUACCACACACACACCUCUCGCUGUGCCAUGUUCCCAACCUUCACCUUGCCAAAGGAGCUCUACCCAGGUGUUAAAGCCCGCACCCAACGGCCAUUUCCUCCCACCGUGCCAACCAAGGCUUAUGAUACAACAGUUUUAAAGACAAGAGGUAAUCCUUACAGAUAUGAACUGCUUGAUUUCCCCAUGGAUUCAAAGAAGAAAGCAUUGAGUUGGCCGGGUCAGGAUGUAUAUUAUGACUUUCCUAAAUGUCUUGAGAAAAAUAAGCCAGUGUUCUACCCAAGGCCGCCGAAAACCUUUGCUCCUAACACUUCUUUAAAUUCAUGGGAUGCUAUUAACUCUGCAAAAGAGGCCAACAUACAGAGAAAUCUGGAAAGGUCGCAUUGGGUCACUUCAUACAGUCAUGAUUUUACAGGUUUGGGACCCAUGAACCCUCUUGAACUGGAUGAUUACCACGAAAAGAAAGUAGCAGCCUUAGCAGGACAGACAGAAUUUGACCCACUGCCUCAAGAAAAAUUCCAUCCUGUCUUUAAACCUUCCAGACCCUUGGAAGGGAGAAUUGCCCGACUUAAUCAGAACCGACGUCCUCUGGAGGCUACUGUCCAGCAAAGACCAGCUUCCUGCCCAGAUUGUACUCCUGGAGUUUUGUGUGCUUUUCAUACCUUUGUACCUAGUUCUACAGAAAUGCUGGCACUAAGCAAUUACAUACCAUCUGGUGUGACCCAUAGAAACCAGGAUAUUGAAGAGAAGAUUAAGGAAGAACAAAGCUUGCUGUCGACCUAUACACUCCCAUCUUGUAGCUCAGCAAAAGAUCUCACCAGCAUGUACGAUACAAAACCGUUUCCAAAAAUCACAGAUACUCAAAAGACAGAAGAUUUGUAUUGGAGGCAGCUGUCAUUAAAACGCCCACCCACACCUUACUGUAAAUCGAAUGAUUACAUUAACUAUGAACUUGUUAAGUCUGCUUUACAUGAUCCGUAUACUGCAUGUCAAAACCCUGUUAGCUUUAGUAAGCCUAGUAUUUUGCAAAAUACACCGGGCAUGGAAGCUUGCAGUUUAGAACAUUUUUUAAGUACACCAGAAGAACAGCUGGGUGUGAACAUAGAAAGCAGUGAAGAAACAAGACCUUUUGGGAGUUGGAUUCCUAGAGCCAUGGCCAAGCCUCACACCAGCCUGUUGGAUCUGAAGAAUUCUUUUUCAAAAACUGGUGCACAGAAACGUUUUCACAAUUCAAUUCUAGAGGACCACAAAGAUCUCAGAGAUACAGUCAAUUCAGGGAUGAAACACCAAUUCUAUGGCCAUAAUUCCUAUUACUUCUAUAAUUGAGAUAUUCCUUCUCUUCAAAACCCAGCCUCUUAUGAGAGAAGAAAAAAAUACAACAAUUUUAUUCAUUUUGCUGGGUACUAUUUCUAAAUUAAGCCAUAAAGACCCUGCUGAUGAGGUUUAUGUUUUUAGGAAUUUUAGUUAGGAUCUGAUCAGAAGAACCCCAAAAAGUGUUCUGACUUCUGGAACAGUUGAACAAUUUGUCAAUAAAUAUUAGAACCAGAAAA